CGUUCGUGAAUGAAUUCUGGGCACUCUCUUCUUCAUCCUCUCUUGCUUGAGUGUGAUUUCAACAUCUGCUAGCUGCUACUAAUCUAAUUUCUAAAUAAUGAGACGAAGACGCGACAGUAUCAAAGAUGCAGAUAAUAAUAAUAAUAAUAAUAAUAAUAAUAAUAAUAAUAAUAAUAAACAGAGAGUUGAAAGUUCAAAUAUUCCGAAAUCAGAUUCAGAGAAGUUUUCAUUGUUAUACGGAUCAGACAAAAGAGUGUUCGCAUUGUGCUUGGCGUUCCGAAUGGUGAAUUCUGUUUUAGUGCAGAGUUACUUCAACCCCGAUGAACAUUGGCAAGGUCCUGAGGUUGCGCAUCGAAUCGCCUUCGGGUACGGUCACUUAACAUGGGAAUGGAAACAGGGUAUCCGAAGCUACUUCCAUCCAUUGCUCUUUGUUCCACUUUACAAGUUUCUCGCUCUACUGCGUCUUGAUACCCCUUGGUUUAUGAUGAGGGCUCCAAGGUUGCUACAAUCUGUGUUCUCUGCAGUUGGUGAUUUCUACUUGUACAAACUCUCUGCAGUUCUCUUUGGUGACUCUGUUGCAAAAUGGACACUUUUUUCCCAAUUGUCGAAUUGGUUUAUGUUUUAUUGUUUUUCUCGUACAUUGUCGAAUAGCUUGGAGACUGUUCUUACGUUGGUGUCUUUAUACUUUUGGCCCUGCAUGAGAUCUUCUACCAAUAAUACCUUUGUUUUGAGGAAGUGGGGUUUACUUGUGGCAGCAUUAGCCUGUGCUAUUCGUCCAACAAGUGCAGUCACAUGGAUCUAUGUUGGCCUCAUUGAGCUUUUUAACACACGUCACAGAUUCAAGUUUGUUUUUUUGGAGGUGGCUCCAAUUGGGAUCCUGGUGCUUGGGCUUACCUGCCUAUUAGAUCGCUUUAUGUAUGGCACAUGGAUUCUAGUACCACUAAAUUUUCUAAAAUUCAAUUUUCUUUCAUCCGGCGGAGAUUAUUAUGGAACUCACAAGUGGCACUGGUACUUUACUCAGGGAUUUUCAGUCAUGAUCUUCUCUCAUUUACCAUUCUGUAUUGCUGGUAUAAUUUAUUCCAAAGACUGGAAAUUUUCUGGCCUUCUUGCAUGGGUGUUGGGUUUCUACAGUAUAUUAGGUCACAAGGAAUUCAGGUUUGUCCUGCCAGUUCUUCCCAUAGCUCUGAUGUUCUCUGGUUAUUCUUUGGCUGUGAUAGACGAUAACGGUUCCCGAGAGUAUAAAGGAAAAGAGUUGUCAAAAAAGCAUAACAAGUGUCCUCCCAAGAUGAGAGUUGCCAUCUUAUUUUUGCUUGCUACCAAUAUACCAAUGGCUUUGUAUAUGAGUUUGGUUCAUCAGAGAGGACCCGAGGAUGUCAUGAACUACCUUGCUAGAGAAACUCUUCAAGGGAAAGUUGAAAGUAUCCUAUUCCUAACACCUUGCCAUGCUACUCCAUACUACUCCAUGCUGCAUCAUAAUCUGCCGAUGCAAUUUCUCGACUGCACGCCAAGUGAAGAGAAAGGAGUCCUAGACGAGUCUGACCGUUUCAUGAUGGACCCUGUUUCUUUUAUGUCUAAAUAUGCAAAAAAAUUGUUUCUUCCCAGCCACAUUGUUCUAUAUGAUUCAGAAGAGCAAAAGUUGAGAAGCUUUUUAAUCUCAUUUGAUUAUAGAAAGGAAAAAAGAUUUUUUAAUGCUCACUUCAAGGUAGAUCGUGAUCUUCAGGCAUCAAUUGUUGUGUAUGUUCGAAUAAGAUAGCAUCAUAUGAUCUGCAGAAAAUGGCAGCAUCGUGACACUUUAUUGUCAAUGUUGGCUGCUCCAAAUGUUAAUUGUUGUAAUUUGAUGUCUCUGAAAUGACUUUAUGGUCGUAUACUUUUGUAUUGUUUCCUAGAUAUUUUUGUUGUAGAUAGAUUGUAAAUGUUUCUCUACCGUAUUUCAAUAGAUUGACACGUUUUCUUUAAA